UUUGCUAUAGAGACUGGACUGGAUCUUGUCUGUUCUAGAAGUACAGAACUAACCUGUACUGGUGCUGUGGUAGAAGAGGGGGUCCGGUUUUGGUCGGUCCAGAGGGGGAUGGACACCUUUCUGACCUCAUUUGGACUGAUGCUCACGUGUGUCCAGUGCUCAGCUCAGAGACUCUCUCCGACCGGGAAAAACGUCUGCCUCAGUGCCGGGGAUUCUUCUCCCAUAUGUUGUUCUGGAUGGGGCCAGAACGGUGACGAAUGCACUGUCUCCCUCUGUGAGGGAGAAAGGGCCUGUCUGCAGGAUGAAGUAUGUGUUUAUCCUGGACUUUGUCGAUGUAAACCUGGAUUUUACGGGUACCAGUGCAAAACCCCUUGUCCUCCUGAAUUUUGGGGGCCGGAUUGUCGAGAGCUCUGUCCCUGUCACCCUCAUGGGCUCUGUGACCCAGUCACUGGUGAGUGCUCGUGCCUGCCCAACCGCUGGGGCAACCUGUGCCAAAACAGCUGCAAAUGUGGACGUCAUGGGAAAUGUGACCCUGUCUAUGGCAACUGCACCUGUGAGGAGGGCUGGUGGACGUCCACUUGCUCCAAAGCCUGUCAGUGCCACCUUGCCACAUCCACUUGUGACAAAGCCACGGGACGCUGCCUGUGUGACGAAGCUUACUGGGGCCAAAAGUGCAGCCUGCGAUGCAACUGCUAUGUGUCCCCUUGCCAGCAGCGCACAGGGGCCUGUCAGUGCCUGCAUGGCUGGUGGGGUCCAUCCUGUGAUCGCCGUUGCAUUUGUAAUCUCAGCAAUGCCGACUGUGAUGUGCAAACUGGCACCUGUCUGUGCUACCCGGGUUACAAAGAGCCUUUUUGCAAUGAGCCUUGUGACAGUGGAAAGUAUGGCAGAGGCUGUAGGAGAAGCUGUGGACACUGUGAAGGAGGCAGGUCUUGCUCUAAACAGGACGGCCUGUGUGAUGCCUGUGCACCAGGGUGGAAUGGCACUCGCUGUGACCAGCCGUGUCCUGCAGGUUAUUAUGGCCAUCGCUGCCAAGAGAUUUGUCCGCGUUGCAGAAACAUGGACCCAUGUGACACAGAAACUGGAGCGUGCUUACACUGUGAUCCUGGUUGGACUGGACCAAGAUGUGACAAACCCUGCACAGAUGGUACAUACGGAGACGGCUGUCGUUUCCCGUGUAAAACCUGCCAUCACGGCCACUGUGACCAUGUGACAGGAAGUUGCAUUUGUCUUCCUGGCUUCCAGGGUGAGAGCUGUAACAGCACAUGUCCUCCUAACCUAUAUGGCAUCAACUGCUCCGUGGCAUGUGACUGUGGGAAUCAUGCCUGCCAUCCAGCCACAGGAGCUUGUCCAAACAGUAGCAGGGCAGGUCUCUUAGCAGGGCUUUUGAUUCCCUUGUGCAUUUUAAUUCUUGCCUUGUUGUUCUGCUGCUGCUGUUGUGGGCGGCCCGUCGAAGGGAAGGAAGGAGUGGCGGUUGGAGAUGGCAGUCCUGCGGUUCGCAUGAAGCAUCAUGUUUAUACUGUGCUGGCCAACAUGGGUUCGGCAAUGCCGUGCAUUACUCUUUGGUCAUCUGGUUUGCCUAGGGUUACAGUCUCUCAUCAUGAUCCUGAGCUCACAUUUAACCACACAGGUGGAGCUGGGGAAGGUGGAGGGUUUCUGAAGCAUGCUGCAAGCACUAACUGA